AUGGAGAAGAGAGAUAUGGGUUUUGUGAUGGUAAUUGCUUUGGUUUUGGGUGUGAUGGUAACAUUAUGCAAAAGUGAAUAUGAGAAGUGCAGAGGGGCUGAGCCAUUAAUUGACCAAUGUUUGUCUUAUUUUGAGAGCAAAAGCAAAACACCACCACCUGAUAGUUGCUGUGUGGGAGCAGAAGUGGUGCUUCGAAAUGCCAAUGCCAACACCCAAAGUAGAAGAAAUCUUUGUGAAUGCUUGAAAUGGUAUUCAAAUUCUUUUCCCAUUGAUGAUGACAAAGUGACUCAUCUUCCUCAAACAUGCAACAUUCCCUCUUAUUUUCCUAUUGACCCAACAGAGGAUUGUAAUUCGAUUUCAUGA